AUGAUUGACAACCUACUCUCCGAGCUCGUGGGCCGCGCCCAGGAAUCGCCCAUCACAUUCCUUGCAUACUUUGCUGCAGCCUCGGCUGUGUUAUACCUGAUUAUUACCGAGAUCCAAAGGAGUCGGGUACGAAUUCCAGGUUUCGAUGGCCCAACUGGCCUGCCCAUGAUAGGCAACAUCCACCAGAUCAGAACCAAUGCAGCAGAACAAUAUCGAUUAUGGUCGAAGAAGUUUGGCCCCGUUUACCAGAUCAUGCUGGGAAAUGUGCCUGUGAUUGUGGUGAACAGCGCCAAAUCUGCGAAGGAGAUCUUUGGAGCCAACUCGCAGGCCCUCGCGUCGAGACCGGAAUUCUACACUUUCCACAAGGUCGUGAGCUCCACGGCCGGCACCACCAUUGGAACGUCACCCUUCAGUGAGAGUUUGAAGCGCCGAAGAAAGGGUGCUGCGAGUGCCUUAAACAAACCAAGUGUGGCAACCUACAUCCCCCACAUCGAUGUCGAGACGAGGGAUUUCUUGAACGAGUUCUUGUUGUACGGUGAAGGAGGCCGGAAGCCAGUUGACCCCAUGCCGAUGAUCCAACGUCUUUCCCUGUCUUUGGCUCUGACCUUGAACUGGGGUACACGUAUGGCCUCCCAGAAUGACGAGUUGUUCGGCGAAAUCACACAUGUCGAGGAAGAAGUGUCCAAAUUCCGAUCCACGACAGGAAAUUUGCAAGACUACAUUCCGCUCCUACGUCUGAACCCAUUCGACCCCGGCCGAGCAAAGGCAAAGGACAUGCGACGUCGACGAGACAUUUAUCUGAAGAAGCUCAACGACGAUCUGGACCAACGCAUGGCUAUGGGCACCCACCAGCCUUGCAUCCAAGCCAACGUGAUUCUGGACAAGGAAGCCAAACUCAACCAGGAGGAACUGGUUUCGAUCUCUUUGACCAUGUUGUCUGGCGGUCUUGACACUCUCACAACCCUCGUUGCAUGGUCGAUGGCCCUGCUGGCGCAACAUCCCGAAAUCCAGGAGAAGGCACUCAAGGAGAUUCGAGCUGUAUAUCCCGAAGACCAGAUCCUAUGCGAUGCCAACGAUGACCAAUCCAUUCCGUACAUUGUCGCACUUGUCCGCGAACUCCUACGCUACUACACUGUGUUGCGUCUUGCGCUUCCCCGGGCGACUAUCAGAGAUAUCACAUACAACGGCCAUGUCAUCCCCAAGGGCAGCGUCGUCUUCCUGAACGCCUGGGCUUGCAACAUGGACCCUGAGGUGUGGGAUGAUCCAGAGGUUUUCCGGCCAGAGCGUUGGCUGGAGCAUCCUGACGCGCCUAUGUUCACAUACGGUCUCGGCUACCGCAUGUGUGCCGGCAGUUUGUUGGCGAACCGUGAGAUGUACACCAUUUAUCUGCGUCUGCUGUCGGCAUUUGACAUUCGCGAUGUCGAGGGUAUUGAUGGUGGUCCUGUCAACACCCACCCUGUGAAGGGCGUUGUUGAUCCUACUCAGCUGGUCAGUGUGCCGAAGCGGUACAAGGUCAGGCUGGUGCCCCGGGAUGAGGCGGGUUUGAGAAAGGCAUUGGAUGAGUAUGUUGACGAGAAGCAUUAG